CGCCCAUCUCCCCAGCUACUGAGCCCCUCUCUUCGCGGAGUUCCGUCCUUCCUGCCCUCUUUUGUCCCUCCUCACUGUCUGUACUACACUGAACCGUCCCUUUGACGUUACGUCAGGUCCUUUACUCGGUGCCGGAAGGAGAGUCUAGGAGCGAUUCGAUUUCGGAAUUAUGGCUGCAGUGGAUAUCAGAGAUAAUCUGCUGGGAAUCUCUUGGGUCGACAGCUCUUGGAUUCCCAUUUUGAACAGUGGUAGUGUCCUGGAUUACUUUUCAGAAAGAAGUAAUCCUUUUUAUGACAGGACAUGUAAUAAUGAAGUGGUCAAAAUGCAGAGGCUAACAUUAGAACACUUGAAUCAGAUGGUUGGAGUUGAGUACAUCCUUUUACAUGCUCAAGAGCCAAUUCUUUUCAUCAUUCGAAAGCAACAGCGGCAGUCUCCUGCUCAAGUUAUUCCUCUUGCUGAUUACUAUAUCAUUGCUGGGGUGAUUUAUCAGGCACCAGACUUGGGAUCAGUUAUAAACUCCAGAGUGCUUACUGCAGUGCAUGGCAUUCAGUCAGCUUUUGAUGAAGCUAUGUCUUAUUGUCGAUAUCAUCCUUCCAAAGGGUAUUGGUGGCACUUCAAAGAUCAUGAAGAACAAGAUAAAGUCAAACCAAAAGCUAAAAGAAAAGAAGAACCAAGCUCUAUUUUUCAGAGACAGCGCGUGGAUGCUUUACUUGUGGACCUUAGACAAAAAUUUCCACCUAAAUUUGUGCAGCAAAAAUCUGGAGAAAAGCCUGUCCCAGUGGAUCAAACAAAGAAAGAGGCAGAACCAACACCAGAAACUAUAAAAUCUGAGGAGAAAGAGACCACAAAGAAUGUCCAACAGACACUGAGCACUAAAGGCCCACCUGAGAAAAGGAUAAGACUUCAGUGAGUAUGGGACAAAAGGAAACCCCGGAAGACUUCCUAUUCUCCAUUAGUAUACCUCAGUACUAUUGUAGAAUUUUGAGCUUUAAACCCCUUUUCACAACCCUCUCAUUUGUAUGGAAUGUGGUUAUUCUUUAAGAAAGGUUGUUGUUUGUACCAUGCUGUGUGACUGUUUCAUAUGUAUCUUUUGUAACCUUUCCUCUACUGGACUUGAGCAGUCUACAUACUCAAAUAUGUAUCUGUAUUAUAUUUAAAGACAAAAAUAAAAGUAUUUGUAUAUAUUCAUU